UUCGCCUAGUAAUCGAUAAGUCAUUUUGUAGUUAUUUGUAGUUUCAUUUACAGCUUGGAAACCGCAGAAGUUUUCUUUAGAGACAACAAAUAUGGCCCCUUUCACGGUCCGUAGAUGUUUUGCAAUUGUGCGCAGUCGCCUGUUCUACGUCGUUACAAGGAUCCAAAUCCAUUUGUUGUGCUCUCUGAAUCAAGAAUGGAUAGGAAAGUUGAAGUGGAUAACCUCGAAACGCGUCUUGAGACGCUGGAAAGUCGUAUAUACGGUGAAAGAAGGAACAAGGGAGGGAAACCCGUGAAGUGCGCGGAUUCCCUCUCCAGAGUUCAGGCCGCCCUUGCAAACACUGCAAAUAAGAGGGAACGAGUGAAGAUUCUACACAAAAAGAUUGAGGACCUGCUGAAGUAUCUGGACCCUCAGUUCACUGACCACAUCACUGUUCCUGAUGCCAUGAAGCUGGAAUUCAUCCUUGCUGAGGAGGACUUCCUGCUUUGCCAGGCCACCCUUCUGGAGCAGGUGAGCAACCUCCAGCCACUAUUGGACAGCAACUACAUCAGAGAUGUGCCAGAGCAUGCCACCAAGCUACAGCGUUUGUCUCAGAUUCACAUCAAAGAGCAGGACCAAACUGAAGCCCAGUCCCUAGAGGUGAAGAAACUGUUUGAGGAGUACAACAAAAUGAUGUUCCUGCUGUCCAAGCAGUUCACCCAGUGGGAUGAGAGCCUGCGGAAAGUGGAGGAGGCAAAGGGCAUCCGUCAAGUGGAGUAGCGACCUUGUCCAGUGAUGACCGUUAUGACAGUGUCACGGCAUGAGGUCAUCUGUGUGUCAAGGGUCCUAUAUGCAGCUUAAUGUAACUUGCUGGAUAUUAUUGUUAUUUAUUUACAGCUACAUCAAGAGACAUUUGCAUAGGUUUUUUUUAAUUUUUAAUCCUUGUUCAUUUAUUCAACAUACAAUGUACCCAUGCAUUCCAACUCUGCAACACUGCUCCAGGCAGUCACAAGACACUGCUUUUUUUUCUGGGUCGGUUGACAGUAGAAGAGUGUAGAGAAGAAUUUGCACACUAACUUUCUUCUUCCACAAAGUCCUGGUUUUAAAUAGUUUUAUAUCAGACAGCAUGACUGCAAAUGUAAAGUAAUUGCAAUAAAAUCCAUACUAUUCAAACUGAA